AGCAGCAUCCCCCGUGCGUCUCUACGUGUCCGCCGGCUACGUUCAACCCGCUCCCCGCUGCUUCCCGUUCUUCCACAGGAACAGCCGGCAGCAGCUCAGCGGUGUGUUCUUGCUGCCCAGCAGCUCAGCUCAACCAUGGGGGAAAUCAUCCUGCCACGGCGUAUGUUCCUCUGGUGCAUGGCGGUCAUCUAUCUGACUGCUUUUGUUUCCCUCUACGUGCAGAUACCAGGACUCUAUGGUAAUGAUGGGCUACUUCCUGCUCGCUGGCAGCUGCGAUACAGUGGUAAACCUCUUGGGGAUCAACUGCUGUCCUCUCCCACCCUGCUUUGGCUUGGACCUCAGCUUGGCCUGGACACGCACACCGCUAUGGAGCUUCUGUGUCUUAUAGGUGCUGCGCUAAGCCUCACUGCCACUCUCGUAGAGGCUUUCAGAGACAGUGUGGUGUUUUUCUGCCUCUGGGUCUUGUACCUGUCGAUGUAUCAGGUGGGGCAGGUGUUUCUCUACUUCCAGUGGGACAACUUGCUCCUGGAGACAGGUUUCCUCUGUAUCCUCAUUGCUCCUCUGACAUUAAUCCGAGGGUCACGAGGGGUCAGAGAACAUGAUCGUGUGACCUUCUGGUUAGUCCGCUGGCUGCUCUUCAGGCUCAUGUUUGCCUCUGGCAUUGUGAAGCUCACAUCAAGAUGUCCCACGUGGUGGGGCCUCACAGCUCUGACAUAUCACUAUGAAACUCAGUGUAUCCCCACGCCGGCGGCCUGGUUUGCUCAUCAGUUACCAGUGUGGUGGCAGAAGUUAAGUGUGAUGGGGACUUUCAUCAUAGAGAUCCCUAUCCCUUUCCUUUUCUUCAGCCCUCUGCGCAGACUGCGGAUCGGUGCCUUUUACCUGCAGGUGAUCCUUCAAGUGCUCAUCAUUUUGACCGGCAACUACAAUUUCUUUAACCUGCUGACCUUGGCCCUGUGCUUGUCACUUCUGGAUGAUCAGCAUGUUAAUUUCCUGCUACGCAAGACAGACAAGACCAGCAGCAACAGUGACUCCAGGCUGUGGUCGUGGCUCUGUUACCUGCUGGAGCUGGCAGUCUGGGCUCUUCUCAUCCUCGGGUCGAUUGUUUUCUUUGACCUGCAGCUGGGUACAUCAAAGAAUGUCAUCACCUCCAGGACAGCAUUCACAUACCAUCAGUUUAACCAGUUCCUGAAAACUGUUACCAUCCCCUGCAUCUGGAUGGGUGUCCUCUCCCUCACUUGGGAGAUGAUCACUGCCAUGUUCAGGUGUGCCUGUGUCUCUGGUUUCCUAAGGAGGUUUUGUGGAACUGUUCAGUGGACUUUGUUUGCUGCUGCCGCUGCUGCAAUGUUCACAGUUAGCCUGAUCCCCUUCUCAUAUAUAGAGUACGAUUCGAAUGCCAGGCUGUGGCCAGGUGUGCGUCAGGCCUAUGACCUAGUGGAUCGCUAUCAGCUAGUCAACUCAUACGGCCUGUUCAGGAGGAUGACCGGGGUCGGUGGGCGACCAGAGGUCGUUAUUGAGGGGAGUAAUGAUGGUGUCGCGUGGACGGAAAUUGAGUUCAUGUAUAAGCCAGGCAACCUCAGUGCACCUCCCCGUGUGGUGACACCCCAUCAGCCCAGAUUGGACUGGCAAAUGUGGUUUGCCGCCCUAGGAAGUCAUACGCAGGCUCCAUGGUUCACCAGCCUCAUAUAUAGACUGCUCCAAGGCAAAACAGAUGUGAUAGAGUUGAUCCAGAGCGAUGUAUCUCAGUAUCCAUUCUACAAGCAGCCUCCUACCUACCUUCGAGCCCACCGCUACAGAUACUGGUUUACUGAACCAAAGGCUGAUGGGUCUUACCCACAGCGUUGGUGGAGGAGGGUCUAUGAUGAGGAAUUUUACCCCACAGUGCACCUUGGUAACACUUAUCUAGAGGGCAUGCUCAACCAGUAUGGACUAAAGGACAAAUCGCCUCCUCGUCUAUCCCACACCCCCGUUGCCAAGGCAGUGAGGUGGGUACGCUCCCAGGUCAGAGGUGCUCCUACUCACACACUAAUCUGGACCCUGAUCGCCUGCAGUGCUAUCCUCUGUCUGCUCCGAGGAUUACAAAACAGGAACAAACAUCCAGAAAAGGAUCCCCUUUGUCCAGCUGGGAGCGGUCACACAGAAAAAGCACCUGAUGGAUCCUCAGACUACUGCAGGGAGUCAGUUGAAGAGAAGGAGGAGGAAGAUGGAGAGGACAGUGAGGAUGAGGUGGAGGAGGAUGAGGAUGAGGAGGAGGGGAAUGGAGAGGAGAAAGACUCUGCAGGUGACGAGGUAGAGGAAAAAGAGGAGGAGGAGGAAGACGACGAGAUAUAAAAAGGUUUCUGAAUGAAAAGGUUUUGAAAAGGAUGCAGGUAAUCCUGUAGUUGUAGACUAUUCUCACCAGCUGCCUUCGUAAAAUGUCACCAGAAUGACCAAAGAAGUUUUUCUGUGUAUAUUUGUAUUUCCUGAUCAGCCAAUUGUGGAAGAAUAUGUUUAUCUGCCUUCUGCCCUACUACCUACUGCGGUGCAUUGAUCAUUCACCAGAUAUAUCACAAUCAUGUAACUCAUCAUCAUGUAUUUCAGCAGAUCUUUAAAGAUAUUUUGAUCUUCCCUGGUUGGCUCUGACUCAGGUUGAACACUUAAAAGAAAAGUAUGUAGAAAAAUGUUAAAAGCGGUGAAAAAUAUCACAUUUAAAAAGUAUGUUGGGCUCCCUUUGACCCAUGUAGGGUUAAUUUGUAUCACUCCUUCUCUUUUGUUGGUGGUGUCUGUUGUUGCACUUGUUUGUAAUCACAGGUACAUGCAUGUUAAUUUUGUUCUUGUCACUGUGGUCUCUUGCUGUAUGUACAGAUCUACACACACUAAAGUGUCUUUUGUCUGUGUCAGUGUUAGAAAUGAAACAUCACACGUUGAUGUUGAACAUUUUAAAGGGUUUUUUAUGACAUUAAAAAAUACUAAAAUAGA